AUAUGCGAGAAAUAAAAACAGCAAUGCGGCCUAGAAAGUUUGCAGAGAGGUUAAAAGAGUAAAGAGAUUAGCUUAGACGUCUCUCUCUCUCUGCUUUCUCUCUCUCUCUCUCUCCUCCUCCUUUGCUUCUUUCUAAGCAAAGAAGACAAGGGAGGAAAGCUGUUGUAAAUACUUUCGACAUUCGUAGAAAAGGUGGCUUGGUUUUUUUAAACUAAUUGGUGAGGAAGAUGUUGGUUGCCAACAGUUUUGAUCUAUGGCAAAAGGAUACCUUCUUCGCAGCAGCCGAGGAGGUUCAGCAGUCUGCAGAUAUAAUGGAAUCAGCAUACAGGACAUGGGAAAGAGAGAGGAGAGAAGGGCUAAUAUCGGAGAAUUCGGAAGAACUUUGUAGGGAGCUCCAAACUGCUUUAGGCACUGCAAAAUGGCAGUUGGAAGAGUUUGAGAAGGCUGUAAGGCUGAGCUACAGAAACCGCAAUGAUGAUUUCACAAUGGCCAGGCAUAGGCAGUUUGUUGAUGCUAUAGAAACCCAAAUUUCCCGUGUGGAAAUGGAGCUGCGAGAAUCUUUUAGCAAGCAAGGUAACCAACCUCUUCGAUGGGUGAACUUAAAUGAAGAAGAAUGCAAUGAUCUAGCUGCUUUUCUAUCUGGAACUUCUGGAAUCUCACAGACUAUGAAAGAUCAAUGUGCUUUGUUAGGAGCUUCCGUAAGUAGCACUUUUCAGGAGAACACUUGCUUGAAAAACAAAGGGUGUAAUCAAGGCAUAUCUUAUCAUACAAAGGGAUCUGAGGAUGUUCUUGCUAGUAAUAGGGAUGCUAGCUACGUCAUAGAUAUAGAAGCAACAGAAAGUCAUGAAACAAGGGACGCUGUGAACUGUCAAGCGGAUAGAACAUCGGGUACGAGGAGAACAUGGAGUUCACCAGAAAUUGGUACUUGUAGGAUAGUGAUUCCUGAUGAAUAUGUGCAAAAAAUUGCAUUAUUAUCAACUACUGAGGCUACACCAAAAGAAAAAGGGUCCAAAUCUGUCUUCUGGAGGCGGGGGUUUGGAGAUCGUCGAGAGUCAAAGGGAGGAAAAUUAAGAUACUCCCAGCUAAGAGGGGUUAGAUGGAUCAAUAAGAUCUUGGUUCAAGUUGUUGGGUGUCAGAGAAAAUUCCAAACUCCUGUAGAUUCAAACUUGAGUUCUGUCCGAUACAAGCUUGCAUUAAUGCUAACUAUUGUUCUGACUGUGCCUUUGGUACUCUAUUCAACCAGAGAGAAGGUUGUGUAAUUUCUCUCGAGCAAGAUGACAGGGACUCAAGCAGUACUCAUAUAAGGAGAGCUGCACAGAGACAGAGAGAGAAAGAGAGAGAGGGAGGGAGGGAGGGAGAAGAACAGUGUCUUUUUAUAUCCUUGCUCCAAUUGCAAAAGCAUAUAUCGGGUGUCUAAUACGAGCUCCCACUUUGGUGGCUUAGACGAUUUGAUUGGAAUUUCAAGCUUAUUGAAAGUAUGUAGUAAUUACCUA